AUGACUAAUCUCAAUGACUCAUUUAAUAACUAUGGUUUAGAUAACGAUUUAGUUGGUGCCUGCACCAAAAUGGGACUCUCCCAACCAACUCCCAUUCAAAAAUGCGUGUUUGAGGCCUUAAAUCGCAAAAAAGACAUUCUAGCUAUCUCGGGAACGGGUACGGGGAAGACCAUUGCCUUUGCCCUGCCGAUUCUUCACCAUCUACUUAAGGCCGACCGAUAUUUCUAUGCUCUAGUCCUGCUACCUACACGAGAAUUAUCACAACAAGUACACAGUGUCUUCUGCGAACUAGGCAAGGAAUUCGGACUACGCACUACUCUACUAAUUGGCGGGGUCGACUUGUUAGUGCAGGGGAAGAGUUUAGCCGCACGACCGCACAUAAUAGUAGGUACACCCGGCCGCAUAGCCUACCACUUCAAGAACACCAAAGGGAUUCACUUAGACGCCUUUAAGUACCUGGUACUGGACGAGUGCGACCGAUUACUUGAUGGAGAUUUUGAAGGCGAGGUAAAAGAGAUUCUUGAUAUGAUUGGGCCGAAAAGACUGAACUUUCUCUUUACCGCUACAAUUACCAAGCGAGUAGCUAGCUUGAAGGCGAAAAUGCUGAAUGAUCCAUUGGUCUUUGAAACCAAAACAAGUGAAGGCGUUCCUGAAGACUUAGUACAGAAUUAUGUCUAUUUACCCUUGCGGUACAAAGAAAUCUACCUCUAUGAAAUCAUCCGGACACUAGGCAUGUCCAAAGCCAUAGUCUUUGUUUCGACUUGUGUAGCAGCCGAGAAGUUAGAAAGACUCUUAGUCCGACUUGGCGAGUUAGUCUGUUCUAUUCAUGGGAGUAAGCCGCAACAGGAAAGAACGGCUAUUAUUGAAGCAUUUAAGUCUGGGAGCAAGAAUGUGCUAAUAGCUACUGAUGUGGUGGCACGAGGUAUAGACAUUCCAACGGUAAGGAUAGUUAUCAACUACGAUAUUCCUGAGUGUUCCAAGGACUAUAUUCAUCGGGUGGGACGUACAGCCCGAGCUGGACAAUCGGGUCGAGCUAUUACUUUGGUUACGCAAUACGAUGUUGAGGACUUCCAGAAGCUAGAGAUAAAACUCGGAACGCGCAUGGCCGAGUAUCAAAUAGAUACCAAUAAUAUUACAGCACAAAUAGAUAUGGUGGCCAGUGCCAAACGAGAAGCCGAUCUAGAAAUGAAAGAAGAAGGGGUUGGCCAGCGCAUCAAAGACCACAAGAACCACAAGAAAGGCAAGCCCAAGUCAGUUGUCAAAAAAAGGAAGGCCGGACUUACUACCCGAUCCGGUUCCUCUAAACAAUAA